AUGGAGACGUUGUUUAAGGACUGCGGUUUCGGCCAUCCUGUGACCAUCGAGACCAAGGCCCUGGUCGAGUCCGUUGCCAAGGAGAAGAACGAGUUACGGUCAAACGACAUUGCCCGUGUCCUAAUCACCCGCUUCGCGCACGAUGACAGCUUAGUUAAGCUGUUACAACAGAGCGCCAUUGAGCAUUUCUCGUCCGCUCCAGUCCGAAGCGGUGGCUACAAUGCCGGUCAAGAAGAAAAGCACGACGAGGAUGAAGAGGAUGACGAAGAUGCUGACGAAAACUACGACAACGGCAAAUUCAUCGACAGUGGAGCAGUCGAAGCCAAGGGCAAAGAAGCAAAUGAGGCAACCAAGAACAAAGAGGAAAACAAUGGACCAGACCAAACUCCGCAGCUCUUCCAGCACGGCGUCCUUCUUCUCGUGCGAGCGAUGAAAGUUUUCGACGCCAACUCUCUGCACUCUAUACCCCUUUACUCCCUUGCCCGCUUCAUUGUCUUCCCUUCCACGCAUCUCUUGCCCUCGACACUUCUCGCUUUCCGUCAAAGCCUUGAUCCUGCUCUUAACGGCAGUUCUAUACCAGCAGAGAUAGCCCCGCGGAGAAAGACCAGCGUCGACAACCAAAUUGUCCCGACCAGUCCAGCAAAGCGCAGCCGUGUUGUCACCGAUAAUAGCAGUCAGGAGUCCCGGCCUCUCAACCCAGCGACCAUUCGCGGCCGCACUACCGUUCCGCAAUGCAAAGCCACAACAACAUGA